AUGGCCAUCGUUCUGAUGGAAGAAGUGCUCAUGGGACUGGAAGACGCCAAGGAUUCGUUGGAACAGGCCGUUCUAACGCUGGAAGGCAUGACCGAAGACAUGCAUCCCGAUAUGGCGGAUUUGAAGGAAGUCAUUGAGCAGACGCUGGUGCUGCCUCUGCAGUCUCGUGCCGCGGUACUGGAUACCUUGUUGGAAGAGGUCGCCGAUACCAUUUCAUAG